CUCAUAAACAGAAGUCACGUGGUAGCUGCUGAGUCACAAAUGUUAUUGUUCGGUAACAAUGGCAGGGACAGGGUGGGAAUUGUCGAGCAGCGAUGACGAAAGCAUUCUACCACGUCAUAGUGACGUCAUAUACGCAAGCCCAACGACAAUUAAACAAAGAAAAAAGUCGAAAGUUUUGUGUAAAUUUGGCAAAAAAUGUUUUCGUAAAAAUCCACAGCAUUUCGAGGAAUAUUCGCACCCGAACAAACGUGCACGUGGUGAUGAAGAAUCUGGGUCAAGCUCCAAAAAAUUAAAAGUUGAUGAAAACGACCCAGUUAAAAUAUGGGAGUCGUCCCCACACCAUAUAUUCCUUACUACAGUGGAUGGAGUGGAUGAUAAGUUUAAUUAUUCGCAUCAUGAUGACGGUGAUUUGUUUCCACCAUCACUUGGGAUCAAAGAUGUUCUCAGUGAAAAGUUCGGAAAUCUAAUCGAGUCUGUGCAGUUUAAUUACUGCAUCGACGUUGAUUGGCUUAUACAGCAAUACCCGGUAUCGUGUCAGGGAAAGCCCCUUACUAUCAUCCAUGGGGGUAACGUUUCCCCUAACCCCCAAUACCCCAACAUCACCCUUGUUAAAGUAAACCUCCCCCCAUAUGGAACCCACCACACAAAGAUGAUGUUGCUCCACUAUACAUCGGGGCUGCGUGUUGUUAUUCUUACCACAAACCUCGUACCACAGGAUUGGGGGCAGAAGACACAAGGUUUCUGGAUGAGUCCCAUCUUCCCCAAAACCACCCCAACUAAAACCUCAAAGUUUAAACCAAGAUUUGGUUUGGAAUACGUCUCAUCAUAUAAAAAUAAAUCAUUGCAACGAUGGGUUGACCAUAUAAGGUCACAUGACAUGUCGUCCGCUAACGUGAUUUUGAUUGGUUCGAUUCCUGGUCGACACACAGGUCACAACCUUUCAACCUGGGGUCACAUGAGGUUAAGAAAGGUUUUGAAAAAUGAGACGAAAAAGAUCGAUUCGAGCUGGCCUGUGAUUGGUCAAUUCUCAAGCAUUGGUUCGUUGGGUUCGUCCAAUCAGAAGUGGUUAUGCAACGAAUGGUUGACAAGUUUAUCGUCGUGUAGUAACACGACCCUGGGUGCUUCCCCACCACUGAAACUCAUCUUUCCCAGUGUAGACGACGUACGCAUGAGUUUGGAAGGUUACCCCGCUGGUGCGUCGAUCCCAUACAGUCGCAACAUCGCGCUAAAACAACCUUGGUUGCGACCGUACCUCCAUAAAUGGGUAGCCACGCAUGCAGGUCGCACACAAGCUGCACCACAUAUUAAAUCUUACGCACGUAUCUCACCGUACAACACAAAUAUACGACUUCCAUGGUUCCUGCUCACCAGUGCUAACCUGUCCAAAGCAGCCUGGGGAAGUUUAGAGAAAAAUAAUUCCCAGCUGUCAAUCAAAUCUUAUGAACUAGGGGUAUUAUUCCUUCCCCCGGAUAAUUCACGCCCAUAUUUUUACAUUAAUUCCGCCUCAAAACAAAAUCGAUUUCCCUGCCCGAUAUCGUUACCUUUGACCCCAUAUCGACCUCAGGAUGAACCCUGGACAUGGGAUUCCCCCCACACAAAAGCCCCCGAUCGCCAUGGUAACAUAUGGCAACCUUCGUAAUAUUUUGGUGUUUUUUGUUUUCACAGAUCUGAAAAUUAAAAUGCUGAAAAAAA